AUGGAAAGCCAAAGUAACAUCUCAGAAUUCAUUCUUUUGGGACUUUCUUAUGACCAGGACAUACAGAUAUUUUGCAUUGCGCUCUUUUUAUUCUGUUAUGUUUCCAUCUUGGUAGGAAACCUCCUGAUCCUUGUCUCCAUUCUAUGCAGCUCCCUUUUUCACCAACCCAUGUACUAUUUCCUCUGCCAUUUGUCCUCAAUGGACAUAUACUAUACCUCUACUGUUAUACCCAAAUUGAUCAGUGACUCGUUAGUGGGGACAAAAACCAUCUCCUACAGUAACUGCAUGUUACAAGUCUUUACCAUGCACUUCUUUGGAAGUAUUGAGAUUUUCAUUCUCACUGUCAUGGCCUUUGAUCGCUAUUUUUCCAUUUGCAAACCUCUGCACUACAUGAUUAUCAUGAACAGGACAAGAUGCAAUCUUCUAGUCCUAGCUUCUUGGGCUGGAGGGGCUGCCCAUUCCUUUCCUCAACUGUCUAUGACAAUCCAGUUGCCCUUUUGUGGUCCAAAUGUAAUUGAUCACUUUUUCUGUGAUAUUUUCUCGCUGCUAAAAGUUGCCUGUACUGAUACCUACAUCACAGGUGUCCUUGUUGUUGCAAAUUCAGGUAUGGUCACCUUAGUAACCUUUGUUAUCUUCUUUCUUUCUUAUGUUAUUAUAUUAUUCACUUUAAGACUUCACUCAACUGAAGGAAUUCACAAAGCUCUCUCUACUUGUGGGUCUCAUAUCACAGUGGUUGUCUUAUUAUUUGGACCUUUAAUCUUUGGUUACCUUAGACCACCUAACACUUACCCUGAGGAUAAAAUAUUUGCACUAUUUUAUUCUAUUAUUGCCCCUAUGUUCAAUCCCUUAAUCUAUGCUCUGAGAAAUACAGAGAUGAAAAAUGCUGUGAGAAAGGUUUGGUGUCAAAUGCUAUUUUCAAAGGAAGAACACAAUUAA